GUGGUGAGCGCUGGAGCAGGGGUGGGUGAGGAACAGGGGGAUUACCCGAUCCGACCCUUUCCCCUGCACCUGAUUUUGAGAACGGGAGCCGCGGUGAAGCCUAAUUCCAGCCGGUUCGCUGAGCAAAGUUCUCGGGAGAACGGGUCGGAAGGCGGACGGAUUUCUAUCUUGAGAGGAAUUUAUUAGAGUUGGAAUUGUCUUCCCUACCCCAUCAUCGGAACGGAAAGGAGGUGGGGAGGAUUUGACCCCCCCCCCACAAGCAAUGGCUGCCGGGAUUCCCAGCUGCGUGGUCAUCGUUUCCCUGCUGGGAGCCGCCAGCGCGAUAUACGCCGGCCGCGAGUUCGUGGCCACCUUCCUGGAGAACCUGAGCGCGAACUAUAAGUCGGCCGAUCUGGAACUGCUCAUCACCGCCCGAAAGCCCUUCACCUCGGUCACCGUCGAGGCGCCGAACUUCCACCGGAAGCUAAUGUUGCCCACCGCCUUCCGCACAGUCUCGGUGGCGAUACCGGGCAUCGAGCUAAAGGGCACGAUGCGUAGCAAUCACACGGCCCGGAUCAGCGCCAGCCACCCCGUCACCGUCGCCAGCUUCAGCAAGAAGAACUUCACGACGGACGGCUCCGUCCUCUACCCGGUGCGCAGCCUCGACACCGUUUACCUGAUCUUCACUCCGCCUACGCCAUCGCAGGAAUUCCGCAAGGAGUUCGCCGUCAGCAACGCCGGAGAGGCGGACAAUACGGUGGUUCUGACUCUAACCAAGGCCCUGACCUUCGAGGGACAACGUUACCAGAGAGGGGAACCCAUCCGGUUGACACUUGGUCCUUACGAGACAGUCCAAUUCCAGCACGAGGAAGACCUGACCGGUUCCCGGGUGCAGUCUGAUCUCCCGGUGGCGGUCGUGGCCGGCCACUCCUGCAGCAAGGGGCGUUCCAAGUGCAACCACGUGUACGAGCAGUUGCCGCCGGUCAGCAAGUGGGGCGACACCUUCGUGAUAGCUCCUAGCGCCGUGCAGAAGACAAGCGACCUGGUCUACGUCCUGACGUCCCAGGACACCGAGCUGACGCAGGGUCUCUAUGGGCAGAAGGUCAAGGUGCCUGCCUUCCACACCAGAUCGUUCACCGUGUCCAAGAACCUGCCCCUCGCCCUGCGCAGCUCCCACCCCGUCCUAGUCCUCUUCUACUCGCCCGGUACGAGGCCGAACUGGAGGCUUCGCAGUGAAGGUUACGACCCCUACCUGAUGACAGUGAUGCCUAACCGAGACUUCGCCACGUCCUAUGUGGUGCAGGGUCUGGACGGAUUUGAAAACCACGUUAGUCUGGUGGCUCGCGCUUCUGAGACAAGUAAGUUGCUGCUGGACGGGCAACCUCUACACCCCCCGCAAGGGUGGGCCGCAGUGAAGGACUCCGAGUACUUCUGGGCAGACUUGGUGACCAGCAACAGCAAUAAGGCGCACCUGGUGACAGCAGAUAGCGGAACCCGCUUCGGGGUCUACCAGUACGGGGUGUCCGCAAUGGAUGCCUACGGCUACCAAGGGGUUCCCAUCGGAGGCGACGACAUUUGUGCAGCUGACCCCUGCUCCGAGGUGCGAUGCCCGGUGAAUGAGCGCUGCAGGGUUUGGAAUAAGAAGGGUGUGUGCGUUGCCGCCCCCACAGGCUCCUGCCGGGUUAGUGCCGACUCCCACUAUAACACCUUCGAUGAUACGAAGUUCAGCUUCCAGGGCACCUGCACAUACACCAUCGCCAAAACCUGCAGUGAAGACCACUCGCUUCCCCAGUUUGCCAUCCGGGCCAAAAAUGACAACCGCGGAGACGCCCAGGGCUCCUCUGACAUGUUAGUCACCGUCCAAGUUUACGGCACAGAGGUCGUUCUGGGAAAGUUGGAGCAUGGUCACAUCCUGGUCAAUGGGACGAAGGCUAAACUUCCUGUCACCCUCCACGGGGGCAGCGUUUCUGUGUCUAAGAGAAACAACGACAUUAUCCUGGAGACAGAUGUCACCCUGCAUCUGUACUAUGACAAGAACCAACUCCUAAUUUCGAUCGGCAGUAUCUACUCUGGGAACCUGUGUGGCCUCUGUGGCAACUACAACGGUGAUUCAGAUGAUGACUUCCGGACGCCGGCGGGAGAAGUGCCGUCCGACGCCAAGGAAUUUGGCGCGAGCUGGGAAGUGCCUGACGGGGACCCCGACUGCCAGGACAGCUGCAGUGAUCAGAAGCUGAAGAAGUACCGGGACUCUCAUUUCUGUGGGCUGAUGGCCGUCUCCACUGGCCCCUUCCAAAGAUGCCAGGCCAGCGUUAACCCUGCGCAGUAUGUCAAAGAUUGUGUCUAUAACGUCUGCCGGUCUGAGGACCGUGCCUUGUUCUGCCGGGCGCUGAAAGUUUACGCCGAUGCCUGCCAGGCGGAGGGUGUCAGCCUUGACGAUUGGAGGAAAGUUGCCAAAUGCCCUCUGACGUGCCCACCCCACAGUCACUAUGAGCUGUGUGUUGAUACCUGCCACUCCACGUGUGCCAGCCUCACCGAGCAGAGGGAGUGCCCAUCCUCCUGCUCCGAGGGUUGUGAGUGCGACCCAGGCUUCCUCUUGAAAGGUGACCGCUGUGUGCCCAGUAAGGAGUGCGACUGCAGCAGCAACGGACACGACUACAAGCUGGGGGAGACGGUGGUCCAGGACAACUGUACCCAGCGAUGUUCCUGCAGCCACUUUGGGCUCACGUGCGAGGCGAUGUCGUGUGCGACAGAAGAACACUGCGUGGAAAAGAACGGGGUAUUGGGUUGCUACAAGGAUUCUUGCAAAGAGGCCCGUUGCCGGGAAAAGGAGGACUGCGAGGAGGUGGAUGGCAAAGCCCAGUGCAUGGCCCAGUUCACCAGCCAUUGCUGGGUGUGGGGUGACCCCCACUACCAUACUUUUGAUGGCUUCAAUUUCGACUUCCAUGGGACCUGUACCUACGUGGUGGCAAAGACAUGUGGAUCAGUCGCCAGUCUGCCGCCCUUCAGGGUGACAGCCAAGAAUGAUUUGCGGGACAAAACCGCUGUGUCCUUCAUCAAGCUGGUUCAUGUGGAUGUUUAUGACUACAGAAUCUCCAUCCACAAGUCAGAGAAAGGACUCGUCAGGGUGAACGGCAUCCAGACCCAGCUGCCCGUGACUCUGGAGGAUGGGAAACUGGAGCUGUACCAACAUGGGGUCUUUGCUGUGGUGGCCACUGACUUCGGCCUGCAGGUAGCAUAUAAGUGGAAUUGGUACCUGACAGUCACCCUGUCCAGCAGUUACUUCCAGAGUGUCUGUGGUCUCUGUGGCAACUUCAAUGGGGAUCCGGACGAUGACAAGCUCUUCCCCAACACAACGCUGGCCCCAUCUGUGCUGGAGUGGGCGCAGAGCUGGAAAGUAGAGGACCGCAACCCGUUCUGCUGGGAUCAUUGCAGGGGUAGCUGCCUCACCUGCUCGGACACCGACAAGGCCCACUACGCUGGCCCGGAUUUCUGCGGGAUGCUGGAGGACGUCUUUGGGAAGUGCCACCCGGAGGUGGAUCACAGGCCCUUUGUAGACAGUUGCAUCCAUGACGUCUGCCUGUACAAGGGGAAAAGAAGGCUGCUGUGCCAGGCAUUGGAGGCAUAUGCCACCAAAUGCCAGCAGAAAGGAAUCACGGUGACAAAAUGGCGGAAAAGAACUUCCUGUCCACUGGAGUGCCCACCACACAGCCACUACGAGGAGUGUGGCCGAGCCUGCCCGCCGAGCUGCAAGGACCCAGAGGGGACAUCCCCCUGCCUGCUGCCCUGCAUUGAGACCUGCACCUGUGACGAGGGGAGAGUGCUGGUGGAGGGGGCGUGCCAGCCUGUGGAGGAAGCUUGCGGCUGUGUGCACGGCGGCCUGCGCUACAGGCCCGGUCAGGUCUUCUGGCCCGAGGCGGGCUGUGGCAAACGCUGUGAGUGCCCGCUGAGGCUGCAAGAGGCAAACUGCACAGACUGGCAGGGCUGUGGGCCUGGAGAGACCUGCGGCAGACAGGGCUGCCUCCCUGCUGGCCGUGCCACCUGCUCGGCCCGUGGGGACCCCCACUACCACACCUUUGACGGUGCCCGGUUUGACUUCAUGGGCACCUGCGACUACCAGCUGUCAGGGCUGUGUGAGGAUAGAGAGGGGCGGACCAAGAGGGAGGGGCUGGUACCCUUCCAGGUGCAAGUCCGUAACCAGCAACGGGGCAACCCAGCCGUCUCCUACACCCACGAGGCCACCCUGCGGCUCAAAGGCAUCUCGCUGACCCUCAGCGCCGACUUCCCCUGGAGGGUGCUGGUGGACGGCGAACAGCAUUGGCUCCCGGCCCAGGUGAACGAGGUUGGGGUGUGGGUGCAGCGGAGAGGCCGUGCAGCGGAGCUGCAGACGGACUUCGGCCUGAUACUGACCUUUAACUGGGACAGCUGGCUGACGCUCAGCCUGCCCAGCACCUACAGCGGCGCCGUAUGCGGUCUGUGCGGCAACUACGACGGCCAGGCGGAAGGGGAUCUGAUUCUGCCAGACGGCAGGAAGACGAAUGAUGUCGAGGCCUUCGGCAAUGCCUGGAAGGUGAAUCGCACGCUGGACUGCGUCUCGGGCUGCACGGGGAGCUGCCCGCGCUGCAGCCGUGCCGCACAGCAGGCUUACGCAGUCCCAGAGCUCUGCGGCCGUCUCGUCAGCAAGGGGGGGCCGUUCCGUGACUGCCACGCCAAGGUGGAUCCCGAGCCCUACUACGAGGACUGCCUGUUUGACUUGUGCCAGUACGGCGGCCGCCAGGACAUCCUGUGCCAGGUGCUGGGGAUCUACACCGCUGCCUGCCAGAUGGAAGGGGCCAAGGUCCACCCCUGGAGGAGCCACGGCUUCUGUGAGCUCUCCUGCCCUGCAAACUCCAACUAUGACCUGUGCGGUCCCCCCUGCCCGCUGUCUUGCGCCAGCCUGUGGGGCUGGGACACGGACAUUGGCGGCGAUGAAGACAAGGCUGUGUGCGGGGGUCACUGCCUGGAGGGCUGCCAGUGUGAGGAGGGGUACCUGCAGGACACAGGGGGUAAGUGCGUGCAAGAGUCCGAAUGCGGCUGUUUCCACAGUGGUUCCUACCUGCACAAGAAUGAGGUGUUCUACGAGGGGCCGCACUGCCGAUUUGUACACAAGUGCCUAGGUGGGAACCGGAUGGACUACAUGCCUGAGUUCUGCGAGACUGGUGAGCAGUGCCAACUUCGCUGGGGCAGGUGGGGUUGUUUCCCGGAGACAUUUUCCCGCUGCUUCGCCUCGGGUGACUCACACUACCUGGCGUUGGACGGCAGACGCUUUGACUUCCAGGGCUCCUGCACCUACCUGCUGAGCGGAGUGAAGGGUGAGAAGCGCGGCAGUGAUUACUUCAGUGUCGAGGUGGAGAACAGGCCUUGGGGCAACCGCAGUGGGGUCUCCAUCACCCGCCAGGUCAUGGUUUUUGUCGCCGGACACCAUUUCGUCUUGGAGUCCAGAGACCGUGGGAAAGUAAAGGUGGAUGAAGAGUGGUUCCACUUGCCAUUGCAGCUGUCCAGUGCAGGGAAGAAGGAAGAGGUGUGGGUGGAGCUCGAGGGUCACAGGACGGUGCUUCGAGCCUCCCACGGCCUGGAAGUCUCCUACGAUGGGCUGUACCAAGUUGAGAUUUGGGUGCCUAGCACCUACUGGCGUCGGUUGGGCGGUCUGUGCGGAGACUACAAAGGCAGUGUGACGCAGUUUGGAGAGGAGUGGCCGGAUAAAGGUGCAGCGGGGUGCACCCAUGGCUGUGGACCCUCCUGCUUCAGCUGUGCAGCCGACCAGAGGCAGCGGUUUGCUGGGAAAGCCUACUGUGGCCAGAUUGGAGACCCGGCAGGGCCCUUCUCUGCCUGCCUGUCAAAGGUGGAUCACAAGCCCUUCUUGCAGGAAUGCGUCUUCUACCUGUGCGCAGCCCAGGGACAGCAGGAUGUGCUGUGUCACGCAAUGCGUGCCUACGCUGUGGCCUGUCAGCUGAAGGGCAUCUCCAUCCAGAACUGGAGGACCAAAGACUUCUGCUCUCCGUCCUGUCCUGCCAACAGCCACUACCAGCUGUGUGCUGAUACCUGUGGGACCAGCUGUGCCCCGACCCCCUGUGACCACCGCUGUUCCGAGGGCUGCCAGUGUGACACAGGGUUUGCCCUGAGUGGUGCCGACUGUGUCCCCAUCGGAUCCUGCGGCUGUAUCUAUAAUGACAGAUACCUCAAGGUGAACGAGACCAUCCACACGGCGGACUGCACGGAGAUCUGUACCUGCAUCAGCACGGGCACUGUGAGCUGUCAGGAUGCCCAGUGCCUCCCGCCCUCUGCCUGCGAACUGCGUCACGGACAAAGGGCGUGCUACCGGAACGGAGUCUGCUCCAUCAAGGAAAACCGGACCCUGACUGGGUUCAAGGACCAGGUGGUACAAGUGGAAAUGGUGGGCACCUACAUCCUGGCCGCUGUGUCCAACACCUCGUUUGACCCUUGGUUCCAGCUGCUGGUGGACUUCAAAGCCUAUGGCAACGGCAAGGAACCAUGGCUGUUUGCUGUCUGUGCUUACUUCAAGGGUGCCUUUGUUGUGGUGACUAAUGGCGAGAGCAUCUGGGUGAAUGGAAGCCAGCUGAGGAAAGAUCAGCUACCACUGAAAGUCACCCCCCAGCUCAGCAUCCGGAUGGACAAGGGCAGCCUUGUCCUGGACCUGGCUGACGUUGUCCAGCUGCAGUUCAGAGGCUCUGGGGAGCUGCUCUUGAUGGUGGACAGGAGUUUGAGGGGGCAGCUGCAGGGCGCCUGUGGGCCGCUGCAGGAGGGGGGAGGUGAUCUCCAGCUACUGCUGCCCGAUGGGCAGCUGACAGACAGUGUCCAGAAAUACCUCAGCGGCUGGCGGGCAGCUGAGUUCUCCGGCUGUGCAACUUCAGCGAAACCUGCUCUUCUCUACUGAUGGGACGUUCUGCCUUGGACACCAGACAUCCUCACACGACACUCUUGAGUGACCCCCUUCCCGCCAUUGCCAAGUCUCUUGUAGUCCCUCCCAUGAAAUGACAG